AAGGGGGUUGCUGGGCAGCGAAGGCGCACUUGAGCACAGCAGACGGCUGUCAGAGGUCGGACAAGAAUGGAGUAAUACAGACGAACUAACGAGCUAAGGAGCGAAUGAGCGCCGAGUCGAUAAGUUUAAAGUUGCAAAAUUAAGUGCUGUGUCACGCUAUUAGUAUGGAGUUCGUGUGAAAAUAUAUACAUAUUUACAUAAACAAAAAAUCAGUUGGUUAGUGCUGAAAAAUAUAAUCAAAUAGUAAGAGUCAACCCCAGAAGUUAAGAAAAAAUCACCACCACAAAUUCCACAAAACAGUCAACACACCCACAGGCUUACUUAAUGCUUACACCGCCAGCACUACCACCACCAGCGACCACCGCCACAGUAAGCGACAACAACAUUUCAAACGACAAUACAUUACAUUCAAGAAAAUCGAAUGGCCAUAAAAACAGCAGCAGAUCGUAGUCAGUUGCCAAUGCUGUGUGCUGAAUACUAUUACGUUUAAAAUUUCGUCAUCUGGAAAAGUUGGUCUCCAAAUAGUCAGCUCAACUGCAGCUAAGUCGCUAAGACGUGUUCGCAUUCUGGUCCACACACAAACUUCAAUCAUAUAUGAUUAUCGUUUUGUUAUUAUUGUUUCAAUCACUAUGCUUAUACUGUCAGCGACUUGUCCUGCAUGUACACGAUCGAUGGAUCAAUCCAAAGAACUCACGUCUACUCAAGGAAGCCGCUGAGACAUCCUCAGCUGCUACACGCAAGCUACUGUUAGAGCAAUACCACGCUGGUGGCUUAGAGACCAACAAACAGCCACGCAAACGAAAUAAUCUAACCGCAUGUGGUGGUGAACCCGAUGGACCUGGAGGUAUUUUAGCUGAAGCUUGCCGCUUUUGUGCUAAUAGCCCGCAGGGUUAUUGUCGUCAUCAUUUUCACCUGCAAGAAUUGGAAUUCCAAAAGGUACAUAAGCAACAGCUACAGCAAUCUGCUGGCUAUCCAACAACGCAAAGUCAACCACGUUUCUGGCAGCCACUUUGCGGUGGCAGCAGUUCGACGACGUUGGAGCAUACAUGGGCGCAACGACGGCAGCAGCGUAAAGUAAGUCGCGAGCUGAAGCGAAACUUGAAAAAUCGAUUGAGUGUCGCUACGUCACGGCAACAUCAAACACAACAACAACAAGAGUUGCAGCAAAACCCAAUGCAAAAGCAAUAUCAGCUUCAAAGGCAGUAUUUGAGGCGACUGCAAUAUGAGGAGUUCAUGAGGACAAGAAACGCCGGCAAUAAUAGUGGCAGUAGUAGUUCUAGUAGCGGCAGUCCAUUGUGGGAUACGUCCACCUCAAAUUCAUCCAGCGGCUACCAAUCACCCUUCGCCUCUGUAUACAAUGUAAAUAGUUCUCUCUCUGACAUCGAUACUGCGGACUCAGGUUUAGCCACCUCCAUAGAAAGUGUUGCGUACUAUGGUGUUGAGGAGCCGGAAUCUGCUGAAGAAUUAUCGCCAGCUUUGGCUGUAGAACUAGUACUAGGGCCAGCGAAAUCAUCCACAAUAACAACAACUUACCUUUAAGCGACGACAAACACAAGUUAUACGGAUACGUAAACGGAAAUCUUUUGGUACCCGCACCAUAAACAAUACCAAUAAAAAGUUAACGAACAACAGGCGAACAGAGCGUAUUGAAAACAUCGUUAGCCUAGAAGACGGAAAGACACACACAUAUAAGUGUUCUCAGAAGGAC